CGCGCAUACAUAGUUCGGGUGCUCUGCCGCUUGCGUAUUGUUGCCCAGGUUGACAAAAGAUGAACCUAUCACUAUACAGUGUAAAUGCGUUUCUCAUCUUGGACGCCGAAGGACACCGUGUCCUUGCCAAGUACUACCGACCUAAAGGUCAUCCGCAGGGCGAGUCGAAGGAUCUCCUGACGUUGAAGGAUCAACGAGCAUUUGAGAAGGGUCUAUGGCAGAAAACCAAGAAGCCUGGAGCUGACAUUAUACUCUACGACGGUCGUCUUGCAGUCUUUCGACAUUCAUUGGACCUCAUCUUCUACAUUAUCGGGGGUGCAACAGAAAACGAAAUCAUGCUCUACUCUGCUCUCACCGCGUUCUCUGACGCAGUUCAUCUGUUGUUGCGGAAUCAGGUUGAAAAGCGGGCUGUGUUGGAGAACCUUGACAUGGUCCUUUUAUGCCUGGAUGAAACGAUCGAUGAUGGAAUCAUUGUGGAAACAGAUUCGACGACGAUUGCGUCAAGAGUGAGUCGGCCAAAGGCUGACACGACGGAGAUCGUGAUCAACGAGCAGACGAUCAUGAAUGCAUAUCAGACUGUGAGGGAAAAGGUCCAGCAAAGGAUACAACAGCUGUAGAGUCACCUUUUGUAAUGCCUCUGCCCAUGAUUGAACAUUUGCAUUUCGCCGUGACUCUAACCAACG